AUGAAAGAAUGUGAAGGAUGUUAUUGUCAAAUGAUGGCUGAUUGUCCUUACGACUUUUGUUUUGACUGUUCAGACUGCGAUAAAAUGCAGUGUGGUGAAAACUUCGAUCCUGACGCUGGUAAUUGUUGUGCUUGUUUUGGUAAAAAAAGUGGCGAUCCUAAUCUAAAAAGAAAACCAUUAACUUUUACUCAAAAACAAAGAUUACACUUUGAACAGAUUAAAAGACAAAUGGAGGACUUAAUUGAGGAAAUUAAAGAUAAAGAGGAUAUCGAUGGUAUGCGAACGGCUAAAGAUAUUGAAGAUAUGAAAAGUAACAAAGUUACAAUUAAAUACAACGGCAAAGAUUAUGAAAUAGAAAAGAAAACCGAUGAACAAAAAGCCAAACCUAAAGGUGAUGAUAACGGGACAGAAAUAACAAUCAAAAAUUAUAAAGAAAGAAUAGCCAAGAAAAUUACUUAUAUUGGCGGUCCUAUUUUAGAUUUGAAAGAGGAAAUAAAAAUUGGCUAUAAGAAAUUAGAUUCUGAGCAACAAAAAUUAUUCCGAUUAAAACUAGAAAAUUUUGAGGAGGAAAAAGAAUUAAUUAAGCAACUGGAAAAGGAAAAAGCAAUGCUGAGUAAAGCACUUGACUUUCAAAAAAGAAUGAGGGAAAAUUUUCCCCAAGAAAAAAUAGAUAAAUUGCCUUUGACAGAAAAAUUAAAAACCCAAACUCCUAACCAAUUAAGUUAUUAUGGAGUAACUCGUUGCCAAUACUGCUUCCUAGAAAAAGUGGCCGAAGUUCAAUACCAACUGAAGCAGGCUACUUAUCAACAAGGACAAACUUCAUGGAUAGAUAAUAAAAAAGAAACAGCAAAAUAUCAGCACAGAAUAGACAACCUUUUAAGCACCAAAAGAGAUGAUUUGGAUAAAGCAUUGUCGAUAUUAACUGAAAAAGAAAAAGAAAGUAUGAUUAGAAACAUUGGAUUAAAAGCGGUUAGUCAACUUUCAAGUGAAGAAAUAGAACAUCACCCACCCGAGCUCAUCGAAAUCAAGAAAAAGCAAGUUUUGCCAAAAGAAAAUCUUUGGACUCCGCCUUGCAUAGUUGAGAGAAUACCAGCAGGAACAGUCUAUUAUGAGAUUGCAGUAAACGGAAGAGAAUUUGUUCCUAAUUAUGGCGAAAGACAAGAGAUUAAUAAAGAAAGAACUGAAAAGAAGUUAGUUUUUUUUGAACUUUCAAAAGAUAGUAAAAAGGGCGGAGAAUUAAAAAUAGAGUAUAAUUUUUUACCAUUACCAAGUAAAUGGGGAGAAAUAAAGAAAAAGGUGGUAAAAGAGUUGAUGGAGGCAAAACGACCUACCACUAAAUCUGACGGCUCGCUUUACAAAGAAAUCAAAAGGGGAACUGAAAAACAAAAAACCGACAAAUAUCCGCAAAUAAAUUACUUUUUAGUUAAAGUAGAAAACACUACCAUUACUUUAAUUUUUCAAAAUUUAAAAGGAUAUGAUUUAGAUCGCCCUAAUAUCUGCUUGACAGAUAUAAUUGACGCUCGCAAGGUCUAUGUCCAGGUAAGGGCUGAAUUAGAUCUGAUUUGGAGGGAUUAUGGGCAUUUUUGUGAAAUAGAAAAUUUAGUGGAUAAGUUUUUUAAGCCAGGCGAUGGCGAUAAACCAUUUUUGCUCUAUUUAAUUGAUAAGGAUCAUGAGGGAAAAUAUGAGUGGGGAGAUUUAGGAGCGGUUUCAUCGAAAAAAUUAUGGAUAAAAUCUAAAGAACUUCAUUUCAGCACCUUGCCUGAUAUAUUUUUAAAGCAACCACAUUUACUAAAGCAUGGAAAAACUCUCAACCUUCGUCAUGCUAAAAUAAGAAAAAUAGAUGGGCAAUUAAAGAUGAUCUAUCGAGUAUAUCGUAAAAGCAGCAUUGAGGGAAUAACUUAUAUUUUUGAAAGCGGAGAGAUAUUAUUUGUAAAUGUAGGAACUGACUUAAACAAUAUUUUAACUGGCGAGAAAUAUAAAGACACAAUAGGUCUGGGAGAUAACAAAGAUAUUCCCCAUGCUAAUGAACCGAAGCCCGACCAAGCCAAACAAACCGAUUUAAAAGCCAAAAGUACUAAUAAGGACAAAGUGAAAGAAGUAGAACCAACUUACAAAGGAGAGGUUAUGGAAGGAUUUAGCAUGCCUUUAACUAGUCCGACCGGAAAUAGACAAGGAAUUGAAAAAGUUACUCCGGGAGAAGAUAUAGAUAAAAAAGGACCAAAAAAUGAGGGCGGAGAUAAUGUGUCAAUUGAUACUACUGCUUUAUACAUUAAUAAGCAAUCUUAUUGCCGAGGACCCAACGGAGACAUUAUUGAUACCCUAAUGCAAGCAUUACUUGCUUCUCACCGCAAAAGACCCGAUAGCGGCAUAGAAGUCCGGGUGACCGAAGGGAAGUACGACUACCGAAUGGUAGGAUAUAAUUUGCAUGCUUUAGAUGAAGCCCGCGGAGUGGAAGCCAACUAUUUUACCGUAGCCAUUAGAGGGACGACAAAAACCGGACAUGUUAGCAUACAGGCGGGAUUAAGGAAAAAAAGCGAUCCAAGUAUUGAACUUAUUGGCGAAAAGGAUGAUAAGGAAAAAGAAAAAGACUUUAUAAUUCAGGACUAUAAAGAUAAUACUUUACCCGAUUUAGGAACUGAAAUAGACACCGAAUUAGACUUAGAUUUGGAUGAUGAUCGGGAUGACCAAGAUUUAGAAGAAAUAGAUGUGGAUCCCGAUGCAGAUGAGAAAGAGCGGGAAGAUGAUACUGACUUUGAUGCUGACCGAGAUAAAGACCGAGACAGAGAUAAGGAAGACGAUGUGGACGAUGACCUUGAUUGUGGUAAUUGCGGGGAAGAACAUAGAGACGGAGCCGACCACAAGUGCGACGAAUUGCCUGACCCUUAUGGUUGCGAAACUAUUUAUUGUGAACCUACUUGCCCGAAAUGUGAUAAAGAUAUAGACGAGUGCAACGGAGAAUGCGACGAACCUGCAGAUUAUGAGGAACCUGAACCCGAGGAAACCGAAGACUUUGAACCAUCAACCGAGGAGGACUGCAAUUACGAAAGAGAGGGAUAA